AUGUUCAAGAUCAUUGAUUGAAACGUGAGGCCAGUAUAAAAUACAAUCCUGCUUCCUGACGAAGGACUGCUCAAGGCAAACAUCUGGAAAAGAAUUCAUCAAGAUUCAGAAAAUGUCCAACACUAUCUCUGUAUUCCUAGCAGUCCUCUGCUGUCUGGUGGUCGGAGCCUAUUACUGUAAAGGCAGUAAGAUCCUGGUGUUGCCUGUUGAUGGCAGCCACUGGAUCAACAUGAAGGUUAUCCUGGAAGAGCUUCACUCCCGGGGACACGAAAUCACCGUUUUGCACUCUGCCAACAGCUGGUACAUCACUAAUAACCCUUCCAUUUACAACUCAGUUCAUGUUCAAUCAGUCUUCGAUGAGAUGGACAGAAACUUUUACGUGGAAAUGAUGCAGGAUGUUAUGGACUGCCGUGGCCAUCCUACUUUUAUACGCUCAUUUUGUCAACACAAUUUGAUUACAAUGCUGUUAAAAGACAUGCAUAAGAUCUCGGCGAUAAUGACUAAUAAUAUUUUCAAGGAUGAAACACUAAUGAAGAAGCUCAAGAAUAACAAGUUUGACCUCAUGUUGACAGACCCAGCGUUUCCCAUGGGGGCGAUUCUGGGUGGUUACCUCAAGCUGCCGAUGGUCUUUAAUGUCCGCUGGAUUACCAAUGGAGAGAGUCAUCAAUCCAUAGCUCCAUCUCCUGUCUCCUAUGUCCCUGUAUCAGGAAGUGAACUUCAUGAUCAGAUGGGUUUUCUAGAGAGGACAAAGAAUAUGUUGCAUUAUCUCUACAGCCUUUAUGAGUUGUACAUUGUCAUUAACCCAACCUACACAGAUUUAUUCCAGAAACAUUUCCCUCCUGGGACUGAUUUGGUGUCUUUGAUGCUCUCAGCUGAUAUCUGGCUUUGUAGGGGAGAUUUUGUCUUUGAGUUCCCUCGACCCACCAUGCCCAAUAUGGUUUACAUAGGGGGCUUCCAGUGCAAGGAGGCUCAACCUCUGCCUCAUGAGUUGGAGGAAUUCAUGCAGAGCUCUGGGGAUCAUGGGGUGGUGUUCAUGUCUGUAGGAACAAUUGUGUCAGCUCUACCAUCUGACAUCACAGAAGCCAUUGCUGCUGCUUUUGCUGAGCUCCCUCAGAAAGUCAUUUGGCGCUUUGAUGGUGACAAACCUUCAACUUUGGGAAAAAACACCAAGCUAGUCAAGUGGCUUCCCCAGAAUGAUCUGCUGGGACAUCCUAAGACUAAGGUCUUCAUAGCCCAUGGAGGAACCAAUGGCAUGUAUGAGGCUAUCUAUCAUGGAGUUCCUGUUCUGGGUUUGCCCCUCCUAUUUGAUCAGUUUGACAACUUACUCCGACUGAAGGUUCGUGGUGCAGCUAGGGUGGUGGAGGUCCGAUCACUGACCAAAGACAAUUUCCUGGAGGCUCUAAAGGACAUCUUGGAGAAUCCGACUUAUCGUGAAAACAUUCAACGUCUCUCUCGGCUACACCGUGACCGACCAAUGUCUCCAAUGGACACAGCCAUCUUCUGGAUCGAGUACGUCAUCAGGAACAAAGGAGCGACCCACCUUCUGCCCGCAGGCUUUAGACUGCCUUGGUAUUCCUACGUCUGCCUCGACGUAGCAGUCUUUGUAUUGGCUGUAUCUGGAAUCUCCAUGUGGGGUUUUGUCUUUGUCUGUAGGUUACUCUGCUGCAAGAGGUCCAGCAAGAAGAUCAAACCAGAGUAAUUCAUCAAAACAUUACACCUGUUUUAAUCACUUUACAGCUUUGCAACAGUGCCCUCUCUGCAGCUGAACCCAAAACAGCAAGCAGUGCAAUACACUAACAUUUCUGCCUCAUAUUCAAUGUAAUACCAUACAAUUGUUAACUAUCUUCUGACCUAUAUUAAAAUGGAAUUUCUGGACAUAUUGAAUUUGGAAAACAAAAACGAUUUUGUGACCGACCUUUUUCUCAGUAAAAUACAGCAUUAAUACUUACAGGUAUGGCUGGUAUAAGUGGACUAGUAGGGCUAGGCCCUCCCUGGCAUUUACAGUAAAGUUUUUAAAAUAAAUAAUUUAAAAAUAACUACUUAAAAUAAAUACAUGUUAUAAAUAAUGUAUCACAUUUUCUUAAUUUUUCAACAAACCUGCUGUCAAACCGCCUGGGGAUCUUUCCGAAGGGCUAACUUCUGACAGCUCCAAUCAGCGUUACUGUCUGUCACGGCUCAGAAUGAUUGACAGGCGUCCAGCUUUGCGGCUCACUGGGGCUAAUUUUGUCGGCCCAAAUAUCACCACCAGCUGCCACUGAAUACUAACAUUAGAAGACGGUAGUACUAAUGUUUAUGAAGGAUGACUGAUGAGGAAAGAUGAUACGGAAAAGCCUUUGGAAAAACAUCACCCUUUCAGGAGUAUUUGACUUUUUAGAAUAAUUGGGGGUACUUUCAUCAAAAGUUGUUCUCUGUGUCAUUGAUCGCUCCUCUCUGCAACUUGUAUGACAUUUUCUGUACACAACUUAUAAAAGAUUUGGCUUUAAUCCUUUUUUGAAAGUGGCAAUUCUUUCACCCACAUAACUUUGAGAGUAUAAUUUCAAAGGACUUUCUUGCCCUCCAAUGAGACUUGGUAAUUUGCUUCUAUGCUCAGGGAAAUACAGAUUUAAAAAUGGUUAUGUAAUAUGAGUUACAAAAAGAGGGUAUAAAGAUCGUGUAAGAGUAGCAAGGCCUAGGAAAACUGUCUUGUGUUCUUGAGAUCUGUGUUCAAUGCACAUCCUCCUGAAAAAGGUUCUAGUGUUGCACGUUUUUACUUUGUAGUCCAGUAUAGUUUUGAAUCAAUGGAAAGUUAAAUACUGUUCAUUAUGAGUCUCCUGCACAAUUGUAUACAAUCAUACAGGGAAACAAAGAAAGUUAUAUUGAUGGCUGAGAUUUACAUGCAAGACCAACUUGCUGAAAAGCAACCUGAAAUUUUUUUGCCUCUGUCACAAUAAAUUUAUCUUUGCAAUUCCUCUA